AUGGGUGGCCAAGGCGAACUACCGCCACCUGCGUCCGGGGGUGUGGCCGCACCGGCUUUUCUGCACGAGCCACCGGUGCAGGUCGUGUUUUCGAACACGACCGGCGCCCUCGUCUCUUGCUCGGCGUCCGGACAGCCCCGGCCCGCUAUCGGUUGGGCAAACGAAAGUGGCUCUCCUCUGGAGCACAUUCCCGGAUUGCGCCGUGUCAGGCCGGACGGGACGCUAGAGUUUUUCCCGUUUCGCGGAGAGGACUACCGCCAGGAGGUUCACGCAUCCCGGUACCGCUGCAGGGCCUCCAACACUCUCGGUUCUGUGUUCAGCCGAAGCGUCCACAUCAAGGCCGUGGUGCAGCAGCAGUAUGAGAUUCGCGUCUACGACGACUUCGUAAUCCGCAUGAACACCGGCGUCCUUCGGUGUCACGUUCCGAACUACGUCAGAGAAUACGUAGUCGUGACGUCGUGGGUCCGCAGCGACGGCUUCAUCAUUUCUGUGCAAGCCAUACCAGACGAGAAUUCCAAGUACGUGGCAUUUACGACCGGCGAGCUGCACGUUCGGCGUGCGGGGCCCGAAGACAGCCAUCACUCGUUCCAGUGCCAGACCAAGGACACGCUCACCGGUGCUGUGGUCAGCAGCAUCACGGCUGGAAAACUAGUCAUUACUGGCUGGAAAGGUGAGUACAAGAGUGUGUGCCCAGCCUGA